AUGGACGACCCUCAGCAUCAGACGUUGGCCCCGCCGAAAGUCGCAGCCUUGAGGCUGGGCGCCUCGCACCCCCAGAACCCCAAGGUGCCCAUGGAGAGGACCGUCAGCCAGAACAUCCGCGACGAAAUGGAAGAGCUCAAAGAGGCCGCCGAGCAGACGCUCAAUGUGCUCGUUGACCUCAACCUGGACGGCACCAUCCGUUCCGUCAGCCCUUCGUGGCGCGAGGUCGUGGGCUCCGAGCCCGACUCGGUCAUUGGGAAGCCCAUCGACGACCUGCUCCUGGGCAACAAGCGUGCUUUUACCGACGUCGUGGAGACCAUGCGCCAGGACGAUGCCCGAAGUCGCGUCAUCAGGUUUUCCAUGAAGAUGGGUCCCUUCUCCAAGCUGAGAUGCAAGCCAACCCCACCUGAAGGCCCCUCUGGAGAGGAUGUCGAGGCUAGCCAGCCUGAAGAAGAAUCGGAGCAGAUCUUGAAUCUUGAGGCCCAAGGAAUCAUGUCCUACAAUCCCGCCUCGGGCGACGACUGCCAUACCAUGUGGAUGAUGCGACCUUCCGUGGUUCGGGAGGUGACCAUUGAUCUCCCCGAGAUUUUAGUCGAGUCUCUUGGAGUCGGUGCUGAAGUGCUUGCACGGUAUCUGACCGAGCUAGCAGAAGCCGGAACUGGCGAUCCCUCCACCCAUCCUCCACCGCCCCCCGUGUUGUGUCGCAUCUGCGAGCGCCAUAUCACCCCGUGGUGGUUCGAGAAGCACACUGAUCUUUGUUUGCAAGAGCACAAGGCGGAGAUGGAGGUGCAAAUGGCACAGGAAGCUCUUACUGACCACCGCAACGCAAUCGUCAAAGUUUUAGACGCUCUGGAAGCAACCUCGCAACGCCAGACUCGGGCCGCUGCCGGAGAUGCCAAUCAACCCAUUACCGGACCUCCUGCAGAAUACAAAGGACUUCCCAUAUCCCCUGCUUCGACUCCCUCCUCUGGCGUAUCUUCAGGAAGGGCGUCGCCCGCUUCACCCCCUUCGCGCUCCCGAGAUCGCUCGACUGGUCUAGGGCACCGCCGAGCCAGGUCUUUUGCAGUCAGGAGACCUCUGUCGAGAAUUGUUGAGCUGGUACUGGAUCUUUGUGACACUGCUCUGGAAAUCAACACACCUGCCAUCAAGGACACUCGCGGCCAGUUUUCCACGGAAUUGAGAACGCAGUCGCCUCAGUCGGAGAAUCGCAUAUCUCAAGUGCUGCAGUGGCAGUCGCCGAACAUCGGGGCUAACGAUGGAGAGCAAGGCCUGUCGUCGCUCUGUGAAGAUACCGCCAAGUUCUGCAGGGCAAAAGUAGAUGCAAUCUUCCGGUACCGCAGAAUUCUGGAGUAUUCGGAACGCAUCCGCGUAGAGUUCGAAGUUCUGGUACAAGAGUGCGUCGAGGCCGCAAUAAGCAAGGCUGCGAGUAUCGCUCGCGGCGAGCUGAGCGACUCUACAGAUACCUCUGAUACAGCCAGCCAACCGGAUGAAACACCUACGGAGGGCGAUCUUCCUGAUUGUCCACAGGAAGAAGGCAUGUUCUCCUGUUCACUAGAAAAUCCGUCCGCCAUGAACCAGGCUUUCCGAAACUCGUCCGAAAUAUCUCUGGCCUCGUCCCCUCACCUGGACCGCCGUCCUUCAUCAGCAGCAACGUCGACCAGAUCGAGCAGCCCUCGUGGUAGCCAAACGCCUCGCUCACACGCAGGGGCAAUGAACAUAGUGUCCCACAGCAAGAGAACGUCGAUGCACCUCGAGAGUGAUGCCGGAGCCGACAGUGACAGUAGCGUUAGGUCUUCAGUCCUGUCUGGGCCACGAAGAGCCGACUCACCUGGCUCCGAGGUGAGUCUCAGUAGGGUUGCAAGCUCCCGCGAGCGCAAGCGGAGGAGUCUCAUUCUCCCAAGCGUCAUGUCAAGUAGGCAGCAGUCUCCUGCCAGAGCUGGACCAGAUUCUAUCCACUCUCCCAUCACAUCCCCCGUCCUCUCAACAAGCGACUUCUCUUCUCCUGCUCUUGCAGCAUAUCCUAUCCACCAUCAUCGACGACAGUCCUCGACUGCCGGUUCUGACAUCGCCAAACCCCCGGUUUCUCCGCGGUUGAUCCCGAGCAGCAAUCCUCAACCAAGGGCCGUGCCGCCUUCAAUCAAAGAUUUUGAGAUCAUCAAGCCUAUCAGCAAAGGUGCUUUCGGUAGCGUUUACCUGUCGAAGAAAAAGUCUACAGGCGAUUACUUUGCCAUCAAGGUGCUGAAAAAGGCAGACAUGGUUGCCAAAAACCAAGUAACAAACGUCAAGGCUGAGAGAGCUAUCAUGAUGUGGCAAGGCGAGAGCGAUUUCGUCGCAAAGCUUUACUGGACAUUCUCAAGCAAGGACUACCUCUAUCUCGUGAUGGAGUAUCUCAAUGGUGGCGAUUGCGCGUCGUUGAUCAAAGUCCUCGGUGCUCUCCCGGAGGAUUGGGCAAAGAAAUACUUGGCGGAAGUUGUACUCGGCGUAGAGCAUCUCCACAGCCGUGGCAUUGUCCACCGUGAUCUGAAGCCAGACAAUCUUCUGAUCGACCAAAAGGGCCACCUCAAAUUGACCGACUUUGGUCUAUCUCGUAUGGGUCUGAUUGGCAGACAGAAGAGAGCCCUCAAUAGCAAGUCCGAUGAACAAGCACCGGACCUUCUCAAAGGAGGGCCUUUUCAUCGCGCACUGUCUGUCACCUCUUCUAGGUCUGCCUCUUUCGAUGCGCAGGGAUCUCAACAUUCGCCCCAAAACACACCGUCACUAAUGCCUGCUUUGUCUGGUGAUCUCAACCAACCAUCUUACUUCAGCUUGUCGAAAGAGCCAACGCGUGAACCAUCGCGCCGAACUUCGAACAACCGUAGUGACAGCGGAGACAGCGAUGCCUUACAGACCAUGUUCCGUCGCUUUUCCAUAGCUGACGAUACUGUCGGUGGCCAACGCCGGUCCCCUAUCGAUGAAGAGGUCUACAUGAGCGAAGAUGGUGGCUCCCCAGAUCCCUAUGCCCUCCAUCCAACGGUCAGCCAUUCCAGUGCGGCACAGAAUGCAACUCCUCCUCAAAACUCUGGAAUGCUCCCUCCUCCUUUGGCCCUUUUCGAUCCUGAAGACAGCAAUCGUCGAUUUGUGGGCACACCUGAUUACCUUGCCCCUGAGACGAUCAAUGGAAGCGGCCAAGACGAGGUCAGCGAUUGGUGGUCACUCGGGUGUAUUCUAUUCGAGUGUCUCUACGGUUACCCUCCGUUUCACGCCGAGACCCCUGACGAGGUGUUCCAGAAUAUCUUGGAGCGCAAGAUCGAUUGGCCACCGGAGGAUGAAUACGAGGUGUCUGAGGAGGCCACAGAUUUGAUGAAUCGCCUAAUGUGCACCGAUCCAGCUAAGAGGCUGGGCGCCAACAUCGAUGACAAGUUCUCCAGUGGAGGCGAGGAAAUCAAGAACCACCCUUGGUUCGCUGAUAUCAACUGGGACACGCUCCGCGAGGACGAAGCGUCUUUCGUGCCUGCUUCCGAGAACCCAGAAGAUACCGAGUACUUUGAUUCAAGAGGAGCAACGAUGCAGAACUUCGCUGCAGAGUUCGAAGACCAAGCAGUGUCUUCUAGCGGAACCCCGGGUGCGGACUACCCUGAUAGGCCUCACGAUGCAUUAUCACGAGUACGCUCUCAGGUCCAAGUCAACUCAGUUAAGAGGAGCCUGAUGCCGCUGCACAUUCCGCCGCACGUGCGGGAGGGCCGAAGCAGGCGACUCAGCGAACCCAUGGCUACGGAUGAUUUCGGUGCUUUCGCAUUCAAAAAUUUGCCGGUGCUCGAGAAGGCGAACAAAGAUGUCAUUCAAAAGCUUCGUGCCGAAGCCAUGCAAGCCCAAAGCAAGACACCAUCGACAGCAACCUCCCCAUCCGUCACUUCGCCGACUCCUUCGCUUGAAUCAAGCCCGAUGGCCAUCAUCGCCAUCCGUCAGUCAGGUCAGCUCUUCUCCUAG